ACCAUUCCAAUUCUAGGCUUGGGCGGGCAAAGCCGGCCAACAGGCACGAAUUGCGCCGGCGUUAUCCUCCCCCUCCCACUUCCCACUGUCCACUCCAAGCAGCUAGUGGCCGUCUCCUCUUCCCCCGCUUCCCCAUGGCCACCUCCCACUUCCUCGCCGCCGCCGCCGCCACAUCUUCCUCCUCCGCCGCCUUCCGCCCCCCUCUCCGCUUCCUCUCCCUGCCGCCUCCUUCUCUAACCCUCAGCCGGCGGCGGCCGUUCCCGGUGGUACGCGCGGCCGACGCCGACGCUAAAGAAACAACGAAGCCGAAGGUCCCGGAGAACGCGCCGGCGGCGGGGUCGAGCUUCAACCAGCUGCUCGGAAUCAAGGGCGCCAAGCAAGAAGACAACAUAUGGAAGAUCCGCCUUCAACUUACUAAGCCGGUGACAUGGCCUCCGCUUGUCUGGGGUGUACUUUGUGGAGCAGCUGCCUCUGGAAAUUUCCACUGGACAGUUGAAGAUGUUGCAAAAUCUAUUGUUUGCAUGUUAAUGUCUGGUCCAUGUCUUACAGGAUACACGCAGACAAUUAAUGACUGGUAUGACCGAGACAUCGACGCUAUUAAUGAGCCUUAUCGUCCUAUUCCUUCAGGAGCUAUAUCAGAAAAUGAGGUAAUUACUCAGAUCUGGGUAUUAUUGUUAGCAGGUCUUGGGUUGGGUGCUUUGUUAGACGUAUGGGCAGGGCAUGAUUUUCCUAUUAUUUUCUACCUUGCUCUGGGUGGAUCCUUGCUUUCUUACAUAUAUUCAGCGCCGCCUCUCAAGCUCAAGCAGAAUGGAUGGAUAGGAAACUUUGCUCUUGGUGCGAGUUACAUUGGCUUGCCCUGGUGGGCUGGCCAGGCAUUAUUUGGAACUCUUACUCCUGAUAUUGUUGUCCUAACUACUUUGUACAGCAUAGCUGGGCUAGGGAUCGCUAUCGUGAAUGAUUUUAAGAGUAUCGAGGGGGAUAGAACUCUGGGACUUCAGUCACUCCCUGUUGCCUUUGGUAUGGAGACUGCAAAAUGGAUAUGUGUUGGAGCAAUCGACAUCACUCAAUUAUCUGUUGCAGCCUACCUCCUGAGCACUGGUAAGCUGUAUUAUGCCCUGGCACUAGUUGGACUGACAAUUCCCCAGGUGAUCUUGCAGUUCCAGUACUUCCUGAAGGACCCCGUGAAGUACGACGUCAAAUACCAGGCGAGUGCGCAACCGUUCUUCGUGUUCGGCCUGCUGGUUACUGCCCUGGCGACCAGCCACUGACGGACGGACAGACCUCAAAUCAAGCUGGAUGCUUUGGAUGAGGAGGCAUUUUGUACACACCAACACAGAUAGUGGAAUAAAUCUGCAGCAACAACAUCAAGAAGGCCUCCCUGAAUGCUGAAGAUGGAAACGUUAGGCGGUGGCUCUUUCCUUCUGCUGCCGUGCCGUGCCUUAGUGCGCGUAGACCGUAGGUGCACGGUGCCAGGUUGUUUGUUUGUGAUGUUAUCAGUUGGCUGUAUAACGUAAUUUUGGAUACGAUACGGUACGUGACAAUGGUUUAUGAUCAGAUUGUUUCUCCUGGAAA